GGCGGCAAUGGCAAUGGUGGCGGCAACGGCGGCAAUGGCAAUGGUGGUGGCAACGGCGGCAAUGGCAAUGGUGGUGGUAACGGCGGCAAUGUCAAUGUUUGCGGUGUCACACCAGGCCAGAUCUCUGCUCUCACUCCCCUGCUCAACAAGCUCGGUCUUGAUCUCACCGUCCACGGCGUCAAGCUUCUGGUUGACAAGGUCGGUUUUGCCGUUGGUGAUCUCCUUGCCAGCCAGCUGAUCCUCCAGAAGGGCGGCGUCCUUGAUGUUGUCGACAACCUUGUCGGCGGUCUCCUUGGGGUUGACCUCAAGCUACACAACACGGUUAUCUCCGUAAUCCAGGUCCUUGACAAGCAGCUGCCUUGCAUCCUCGAUACUGCCCUUCCCCUUCCAUAAAUAACCUAGAUUAUCCUACUCUUUAUAUUUUGAUUUCAUAAUUAUUGCAAUUUUUCUUUCCGCACAUUGGUUUUUUACCACUGGUAUGUCUACUUUUAAAUUUAAUAUAUUUUUCGUGACAUUUCAACACAUUUUUGUUAGUA